AUGAGUGCUACUAAUAAAACAAAAAUAGACCUCGAAAAUCGAGAAUUUCAAGAUCGCUGGGAAAUAGAUUAUUUAUUUAUUCUAAACCAGAAUGGUAAACCACAGUGUUUGGAACGUUUAGAAAUCAUAGCUGUGUGUAAAGAAUAUAACUUGAAGCGCCAUUAUCUUUCCAUGCAUGAAAAAAAGUAUCAUCCGUACACGCGAGACAUGAAAAUACCACUAGUGAAAAAAAUGAAAAAGCAGCUGGAUCAUCAAACGAAUUAUUUUAAUCAAGAACCAAAAUUUCAAGAAGCAUCUGUAGCUGCAUCGUUUGAAGUUUGUUUAGAAAUAGUAAAGGCAAAGAAGCCAUUUUUGGAUGGAAAAUUAAUUAAAAAAUGUGCCAUAAAAAUAGCUCAAGCAUUUAAUGACAACGAAAUGGUAAGAAAAUUUCAAACAGUAUCACUUUCUCACCAGACUGUAAGCGGACGUGUAAACGAGAUUAGCAUGCAUGUCACUAAUAAAUUAGAAAACCUAAUCAAUAGUUGCUGCUAUUUUUCGGUAGCAUUGGAUGAAAGCACAGACAUUUCUGAUACAAGUCAAAUGCUUAUCUUUAUAAGAACUGUAAAUGAAAACUAUAAUUAUUCAGAAGAACUUUUAAAAUUACAAUCAUUACACAAAACAACAAAAGGUGAAGAUAUUUACAAACAAUUAAAAUGUGCAGUAGAGCAGUAUGGCGAAUUUGACAUGUGCACUGCUAUUGUACGCGCUAGUGUUGCGACGGUGCUAGAGCUAUGACGGGCAAAAA